GAGGUUAUGUGAGAUCUCCGUGAAGUCUCCGGAAAAGGUGUCAGUGAAAUCGUGCACCUGCAGCGGCACAUUUUUUACUUGCAAAUUUCUGCAAGAUUGCAUCAUUUUCCAGUGAAAAGUGCUAGUGAAUCAGUUUGCAACGGGACGUUGGCAAGUGAUGAAAUAUGGAGCGUGUGCCGGAGAAUAUAAAUUUCCCGCAGGAAGAGGAGAAAGUCCUCGAGUAUUGGAAGAAAGAAAGGUGUUUUGAGAAGUGUCUGCAGCAGUCGAAGAAAAAACCCAAAUAUACAUUUUACGAUGGUCCCCCAUUUGCCACGGGAUUGCCUCAUUAUGGGCACAUUCUGGCGGGAACUAUUAAAGAUGUCGUGACACGUUACGCCCAUCAGCAGGGCUACCACGUGGACAGGCGCUUUGGAUGGGAUUGCCAUGGGUUGCCCAUUGAGUAUGAAAUUGAUAAGGCAUUGGGUGUCAAGACACCUGAGGACAUUGCCAAAUUGGGGAUUAAGAAGUACAAUGAUGAGUGCAGGAAGAUUGUUAUGAGGUAUGCCAAUGAAUGGGAACAGAUUAUAGGGAGAAUGGGAAGGUGGAUAGACUUUAAGAAUGACUACAAGACUCUCUAUCCGACAUACAUGGAGAGUUUGUGGUGGGUGUUCAAGCAGUUGUACCAGAAGGGAAUGGUGUACAAAGGGGUGAAGGUGAUGCCUUAUUCUACAGCUUGCACAACUCCUCUGUCGAAUUUUGAGUCUGGUCAAAAUUACAAGGAAGUUGUCGAUCCAGCUGUUACGGUAACAUUUCCCAUUCUCGAUGAUCCCGACAAUGCCAUGAUGAUUGGCUGGACAACAACUCCAUGGACAUUGCCGUCGAAUUUAUCGCUGUGCGUCAAUCCGGAUUUGGAUUACGUAAAAGUAAGAGAAGUGUCGUCAGGGAGGGUUAUUAUCCUAAUGGAAGCUCGUCUUGAGGCUGUCUUCAAGACACCCAAGAGCUAUGAGAUCCUCGAGAGAUUCCCUGGGAAAAAGCUAGAAGGCCUGAAAUAUCAGCCUCUCUUUGAUUAUUUCGUGAAGUACAAGGAAGUAGCUUUUAGGGUUCUCGUAGAUUCCUACGUCACUGAGGAAUCUGGUACGGGAGUUGUCCAUCAAGCUCCGUACUUCGGAGAAGACGAUUACAGGGUAUGCUUGGCUAAUAAGAUAAUAACGCGUGAUCAGGAGAUCAUCUGCCCAGUAGAUGCCAGUGGAAGAUUCACCAGUGAAGUCAGGGACUUCCAAGGGCAACAUGUCAAAGAUGCAGAUAAAAAUAUCAUUGCCCUGCUCAAGAAGACCGGAAGAUUGUAUCAUGCUGGCCAGACAAAGCAUAGUUACCCGUUUUGCUGGAGAUCAGACACUCCCUUGAUCUACAAAGCUGUUCCCAGUUGGUUCAUCCGGGUGGAGCACAUGUCCGAUCGUCUCCUAAACGCCAGUUCCCACACCUACUGGGUUCCGGACUUUGUCAAGGAGAAACGUUUCGGAAAUUGGCUAAGAAGUGCUCGGGAUUGGGCUGUGAGUCGCAACAGGUACUGGGGUACACCAAUCCCAAUUUGGCUCAAUGAUGAUGGAGAAAUUGUCGUCGUGGGCAGCAUUGAGGAACUCUAUCAAGAGUCAGGAGUUCGUGUGAGUGAUCUCCAUCGAGAAAUUGUCGAUGCCAUUGAGAUUCCUUCGAAGAAACCAGGAGGAAAGCCCCUAAGGCGCAUUGACGAGGUCUUCGAUUGUUGGUUUGAAUCCGGAUCUAUGCCUUUUGCCCAGCUGCACUAUCCCUUUGAGAAUUCCGAAGACUUUGACAUGAGAUUCCCAGCGGAUUUUAUUGCCGAGGGAAUUGAUCAGACCCGUGGAUGGUUCUACACGCUGCUCGUGAUCUCAACAGCGCUCUUUGACAAGGCCCCAUUCAAGAAUUUGAUUGCCAACGGAUUGGUUUUGGCAUCUGAUGGCCAAAAGAUGUCCAAGAGGAAGAAGAAUUACCCAGAUCCAAUGGAAGUGGUGAAUGUUUAUGGAGCUGAUGCUCUGAGGCUGUACUUGAUCAAUUCUCCAGUGGUCAGGGCGGAGAAUUUGCGUUUCAAGGAAGAAGGGGUGCGUGAUAUUGUCAAGGAUGUCUUCCUGCCAUGGUACAACGCUUUCAGGUUUCUGUACCAGAAUAUUGAGAGGCUAAAGAAGGAAGAUGGCAUGGAUUUCGUCUACGAUAGUGCUUUGAAGCCCAACAAUGUCAUGGACAUUUGGAUUGUGUCAUACAAGGAGAGUCUUCUGGAGUUUGUGUCUACAGAAAUGAAAGCCUAUCGGCUGUAUACAGUCGUUCCGCGUCUGACAAAGUUCAUUGACCAACUGACGAAUUGGUAUGUGAGGCUCAACAGGAGACGACUAAAGGGAGAGCUGGGAAAGGAUGAUUGCCUGAUUUCUCUGAAUACUCUCUAUGACAUCCUCGUGACAAUGGUGAAGAUGAUGGCUCCAUUCACGCCUUUCCUCACGGAAUUUAUGUACCAGAAACUGAAGGAAUUGAGUCCAGAAGAGGCUGGAAAUGAGAGUGUACACUACCAGAUGAUGCCUUCAGCCAAGAAGACACGCAUUGAUCGGAAGAUUGAGAGGAGCGUGAGUAAUAUGCAGAGCGUGAUUGAGUUGGGGAGGAUCUUGCGUGAUCGUAAGACCAUCCCAAUCAAGUAUCCACUUCCGGAGAUCGUGGUGAUUCAUCAGAGUGAGGAAUUUUUGGAGGAUAUUAAAUCUCUGGAGGAAUUCAUUGUGAGUGAAUUGAAUGUCCGGAAGAUGAUUCUCAGCAGUGAUCGGGAGAAGUAUGGAGUGUCCAUGAAAGCUGAGCCGGAUUUCAAGGUACUUGGACAGAGACUUAAGACGGAUUUCAAGGAAGUCACUCAAGCCAUUCGUCAAUUGACCGAUGAGGAUAUUCAGGAUGGGAUCAAGAAGACCUACUUUGAGAUUCUCAGUUAUCGCAUUGAAGUGGACGAAUUGAGAUUCCUCGUUCAAGUGGCUGAGAAUCGUGAUCAGGAACAAAAGUAUGAGGCUCAGACGGAUAAUAAUGUCCUCAUUCUUCUGGACACAAAUCCCAGUGCUGAACUUGUUGAAGAGGGUCUGGCCAGGGAGAUAAUCAACCGGGUGCAAAAGUUGAAGAAGAAGGCUCAUCUUGUCCAGACGGACCAGGUUUAUGUCUAUUACACCGUCGUCCGGGAUCCCGAGGGCACGGUCGAAAAAGUGGCCAGGGAGCAUAAGAAUUUCAUUGAGCAGGCCAUCAAGAGUAAGUUUACUGUGGAUGAUCUCAAGUCUCCGAACCAAUUUCCUGAAAUCAUUUCCGAGAGCUCGGACAUCAAAGGGGCUCAGCUGAUGCUGAGGAUUGUCAAUCCGCAUGGAAAAGUCCAGGCCCCAAGUGCCAAAGUUCAAUUGGUUGGUUUUCGAUCUCGCUAUGGACCACCCCGUGAUUCUGCUACCAUCUUUCUCCAGAAUUCCCGCCACGAGACCAUAACACAGGAACAACUCAGGGAGGAAAUUGCCAUGCUUUUUGGCAUCUACGGACUCCCGUUCAAGAUUCGCCUGGAGGGUAAGGAACUGAAGGACCCUUUGGCGGCCAGUGGUAAGAUUCUCAGUGUUGAAAAAUGAAAAGAAAAAAUGAAUUUCAUGCUCGAAAAAAUUAAUUUAAUUGAUGAAUUACACAAUUGAAUAUUUGAAAUGCAAAAAA